GGAAUGGGAUUGCCCGCCUGAGAGCCGACGUCGCCGAUACAAGUUCGAUCCCCGGCACCGAUCGCGACCGCGCCUCCUCGACUCGACAGCGCCUUCGAUCGCAUCUCCCAGCCCUAUCCCUCACCUACACACGAGCGGGUGCCUAUUGGCAUCGCAUCGCACGUUGUUGCCGACAUGUCUGCAAUGUCCCCCAACGGAACGGGACCUAUGCCUGCGGGAUCGCACAGCGGAAGUGUGUCACCUCGCACCGUUACAGCAGCCGCCCCCAAGGCGGUUCAAUUCGUUCUCGUCCUUCAACAUUCGCCGUACCAGGCCCGCCUGCCCCUGCGCGUCUCUAUCUACCCGCAUGAUUCCACCGAUUCCAUCAUCACAACCGUCAAGAAUUUCUAUGGCCUUUACUCGGGCCCGGGUAUCUCCAAGGGAGUCAGUUUCGAAGACGAGAAUGGCAAUACCAUGAUUGCCCGGUAUGAAAACUUCACGAACAAUAUGAUAGUUCGCGUGCGCGUCAUCGAUGAGCCGCUUGGACCCGAUUUCCACGCUGCUCUCGGUGGCGCCCACUACCACGCCAAUGGCUACCCGACCCAAGGCUCUCAACACCUAGACGCACACGCUUCCCGCUCCACGUCUAGGACGCCGCGCAUGCGAAGCCCCUCUCCCAACGGUGGACGUGGGCGCCGCAGCACCUCGACGGGCGGUAACCCCGCUUCUGGGAAGAAGGGGCGCUCCCGCUCUUCCAAAAACCGCUCCCGGGUGAAUGGUGACGGGCACGGCGAUAGCUUCAAUGGUUACAGCAGCAGCGACGGCACCGCUGGCCCAUCUAGCCGAGCCAAGGAGCAGCUGGGCAACACUGAUAUCAGCGUCGAGAACAUUGUCGAAGGUGGCCGUCGCAAGCGUACCAAAUUCGAGAGCUCGGAGCUACCCCUCUUUGCUCCUCCCCAGAUGCCGGCGACAACGUCGAACCCGUCCCUCUCGCCCGCUCGUCGGCUGGACCCUCACCGAAGCUCCUUGCCAUUGAUUCCCUCCGGACAAAACCCUUUCAGUAAUCCGCAUCUCCUCCACUCUCCGCGGGCGUUGUCCAACGGUUACGCACACCCCGGGGCGUAUUCUACACCUAGCAGCGACAAUCGUCGUAGCCGCGAAGGCUUAGGGUUCCUGCCAGGACCUGGUGACGGCUCAGUCAUGCCGACGCCCGAACCGACUGUGCGAAGCGCUAUGUCCGAGGAAGACAAGGACGUUGCCAUGCAGCUGAUGAGGAUGUCAACACACGGUCGGGCCUCUGGGUCGACCCAGGACGAUGCCUUCAGCGGGAGAGCCGACGCAUCUUCAUCAGCGGGCGCAACGAGCGACGCCGACAGCUGCGACGAGGAUGAGAGACUUGCCACGCGGAGACAGAGGCUGGAUGUGUCCGGUAACCACAAGAAUGUUUUCGACACCUCGGAAGGCCACCUUGCCGUUCCCAGAGACAGUGCCGAGACGAGCGGCGAAGAGGCUUACAGCUCGGAUGGCCCUGAUGACAGCACAACGGCUGCCUCCGCCGGUAAGGGUGUCAAGCCCAAGGUGACCAGCGUGGUCGCCGCCAAACCACCUUCGCAGUCGUCAAACAAGACCAAGUCCUACAAAGCCCCCAAGCCCAAGGCGAAGAAGCCAACGAGCAUCGCGGGCCCAAUGACGCCGGCGUCCCUCCCUGCCUCUCGGAAACAGUCGAUCGCCUCCAAUCCGACCUUUCCCUCGGCUUCGGCAGAGGAGGAGCAGCCCGACCUUUCGACAAAGCCCCGAUGCCAGCGCUGCCGCAAGAGUAAGAAGGGAUGCGAUAGGCAGCGCCCUUGUGGCAGAUGCCGGGAUGCCGGGAUUCCCGCGGAGCUCUGCAUUAGCGAAGACGAAGGCAAUGGUCGCAAAGGCCGAUACGGUCGGCAUAUGGGCGUGCCUAUCAAGAAGGACGAUAUGCCACCUCCGGCUAUGAACUUGCUACCCGCCGCGCCAAUCGCCUCUGAUGCGCUCGGCUUAUCAAUGCCCUCGUCCAGCAUCAUGGACAAGAACAAGAAGCGCAAGAGGUAGUCAGGCGGUUGACGUCCAUCCGCCUGUAGCUUGUACGGCUCGAAAAGCAGAAGACUUGCAGCGGCGCAACGUUAAAACAUUACAUUCAGCAACGCAUCGCCAUUGGUCUUGGAAAACAAAAAAGCACGCUCUUCAUCUUUAAUGGGCGUCUUGUGGGAGAAAAGACAGGGCAAAAUGCAAGGAUGUAUACAUCAACAGCAACUACAAACGGUGUUCCCGUCGCGCUCUAAAUCGGUCUC